GGAGAGUAAAGACCAGAGAAAAAGGCAUUUAAAAGCGAAUGAUUGCAGUAGUCACAUUAAAGGACCUCUCUUUUUUCAAGGUUACAUUGUAACCCACUUUGUACCCUUUUUCUUUCUUUUUGCCCUUUUCCUUUUUUCCCCCUGGAACAUCAUCUUGUUGAUUCAUUAUGUUGUCAGCUUUUUUAGAUUCCAUUACUCGACCAGAUGAAUUAGCUGCUUUAUAUCGGUACAAAUUUGCACCCAAGACAGAUGCUCAUCGACGUCUUCAGCAGACAUUAGCCAAGGACGCGUCCAAGAAACGUUGCUAUGACUUCUUAAACAUGACGUCUCGAAGUUUUGCAGCUGUCAUUCAAGAAUUAGAGCCUGAUGAAGUUAGAGAUGCUAUUUGUUUGUUUUAUCUUGUCCUGCGUGGGCUGGAUACAAUUGAGGACGAUAUGACGUUGCCUUUGGAUCGAAAGGUAGAGCUGUUGAGAUCUUUUGACAAAAUUAUUUACCAGAAAGGAUGGACAUUUAAUGAAAAUGGUCCCAAUGAAAAAGAUCGUGAGUUACUAGUUCAGUUUGAUGUUGUGAUUGACGAAUUUCUUCGUCUGAAGCCUCAAUACCAAAAGGUUAUCGAGAAUAUUACCAAUUUGAUGGGUAAUGGUAUGGCAGAUUAUGCAACAGGAGAGCAUCGUGAAAAUAUGUCUGUAGCGACUGUUGCUGAUUUCGAUCUGUAUUGUCAUUAUGUGGCUGGUCUGGUCGGAUACGGUCUUUCAGACAUCUUUGCCGCUUCUGGAUACGAAGCAGAAGAACUUGCCAAAGAGAAGAAACUGUCCAAUUCGAUGGGAUUAUUCUUACAGAAAACAAACAUUAUUCGUGACUAUAGAGAAGACUUGGAUGAUGGACGUCAGUUCUGGCCAAGAGAGAUCUGGAGUAAAUAUGUAAAGGAUUUUAGUGAUUUUACAAAGCCAGAGUUCAAAAAAGAGGCCAAAUACUGUUUGAACGAUAUGGUAUUGAAUGUCUUGAACCACAUACCAGAUGUAUUGACAUAUCUAUCAAAACUCAAAACACAACCUAUCUUUAUGUUUUGUGCUAUUCCUCAAGUCAUGGCUAUUGCUACACUUGCACUCGUCUUUAAUAAUUUACAAAUCUAUGAACGCAAUAUAAAGAUUCGUAAAGGCGAGGCUGUUCGAUUAAUUUUAGACAGUUCAAGUAUGGAUAGUGUCGUUGCUAUCUUUAGAAAGUAUGUAUUUGAAAUUGCAAGAAAGAAUGAUGCCUGUGAUCCUAACUUUAUGGAAAUCUCGAUGGCUGUUGGAAAGAUUGAGCAAUGGAUUCAUACUAAUUAUAAGCCAUCAAGCGCAAUUCAAAAGAAACAAUUUAAUUUAUUUACUCCUAUUCUUAUUGGCCUUAUCGGUGUACUUCUUUUUGCUUACUUCAAAAACUAAUAAUAAACUUACUCCACACGCGGAUUUAUUGACAGACAAAGUGUUAUCCAAUCAAGUCAUUCCAGCUAAAAUGAUGUCGCGUGAACAGAGUACGCUUAAGUAGUGUUACCUCAAGCGCACUGAUAGCAUUCUAUAAUAAACUAUCUAUUUUAGCAUCUUCAUUCAUUGCAAGAAAGGGAUUGAAUUGAUAAAUAAAAGGAAUAUAAACUCGGUUCAAGUCAAUGAGUAUCAACGCCCAAUUGGAUACUUUAGUAAUUGUGUGUUUGUGUAUGUGUGUAUAUAUGUGUGUGUAGAGAAGUUCGGGCCAUGUUCUGUAACCUGGGCGAUCCCUCGCUUUGAUGCUGUGAGAAAACACUUAUGAUGUUGUCAUGACAGAGAUCACCGUUACCAUAACACCUUUCUUCCUGUCA